AUGGAAGGCGGGUCCGAAAAUCCAGAAGGCACAGCAGAGCAGGACCCCUAUUUUCAAAGCCUUGACUCGUUCUCGAAAGCGGCUGAUUUCCCGGAAAUAAUUCCCGGCGGUCUUUCUGGCGGUCUUCCUGGCGGUACGCAGGUUACCGAGUUACCAACAGAUGACGUGUUCGGCACUCCCACUCUUCCUGACGACGUGAUAGGAGGUGGCGCCACGUGGACCAAUCCUCCAAUAGUUACAGCCAAUGGCGACACUGGAUAUAAUAUCUCUGACGUGGCAAAUGACGGCGGCGAAGUUAAUGUUUCUUCUGUAGCUGGUGACGGCGAAGCCGCUACCGGUGCUAAUCGUUCUGACCAAGGCAAUCCCUGGGACAUAACCGAUGGUGCAGACGCUGAUGCUGCUGACGCUGACGUGACUGACGGGACUAACGCUUCCGUUCCUGCAUCUACUCCCGCUGAUCUCGAUAUGACAGCUGAAUCGCCGAUUAACACUGUACAAGCUUCUGACCAGCGCGUUUUACAUGACGAUGCUAUAACGGGGACGACAGCCGCUGCUGAAAUCGAGCUCCCUGCAGCCGGACUGUUUAAUGAUGUUGAAGCCGAAGUGGAGGAGCAGAGCCGCGAGGAAGGGGAAGGAGAUGGAGACGGGCAAAUGGCCGCGACGAGAGAGGAGAAUAUUGGAGCGGCCAAGGGCGCUGAUGCAGACGGGACGAGGCUAACGGAGAAAGAGGCAGUCGCCGCUUCAAAGCCGGCCAGCGGAACGGCACGGGAAGAAGCACAGUCGAUUCAAGGCACGGCUCGCGAGGAGGCAGAGCCGGGAGCAGUGGCAGAGGGCAGUGGGGAAGAGGCAGGAACGACCGCGGGCGAGGCGCAAGGGCAGGGAGAAGGCGACGGGAGGGUGGCCGCAGAAGGGGGGACAUCUGUCAAAUAUGAAGAGAUCGGCGGAGAGGCGCGGCGGGAAACGACAGCAGAAGCAGAAACCGAGGCGGAUCAAGCUUCCCGAGAGGGUCAGGGCUCCGCACAGGCAGAUGGGGGGACUGUCGGCAAUGGAGAUGCUGCCGCCGCUGGUGAUGGUGAAGGUGGUGUCAGUGAUGCUGGUAAUCGAAACGCCAACCUUCCGAGCACGCCGCUUCCCACUCCGCCUGAUGCUCGCUCGCCCUCAGCUGCUCGCGUCUCGCCCGGAUCUCCUGCUGGGGCCGACGCUGACGCUGCUGCUGCCGCUACGCCUAUGGCCUUUGAUGCUCCAACAUUUGAUGAUUUAGACUUCGAAACUCCUGCGACGGACGUCAGCACACCUUCGACGACCGUCAACACUCCUGGUACAGGCAUCAGCACUCCUGCUACAGCCGUCAGCACUCCUGCUACAGCCGUCAGCACUCCUGCUGCCACCCCCUCCGCUACUCCCGCCGCUACCCCCUCCGCUACUCCUGCCACCACACCCUCCGCCACUCCCGCAGCCACUCCUGCUAUCCUCUUCGCCACUCCUGCUGCUACCACCUCCGCUACUCCUGCUGCCACCCCCACCGCCACUCCUGCAAUCCUCUUCGCCACUCCUGCUCCUGCAGCGGGCGUCACCACCCCCUUAGCCUCGCCGCUUCCUGCUGCUCCCUCUUCCACCCCUCCUGCUGCCACUCCCGCCGCCACUCCUGCUGCCACCCCCUCUGCCACUCCUGCACCUGCAGCGGACGGCGUCACUACUCCCUUAGCCUCGCCACUUCCUUCCGCUGCCACUCCCACCCCUCCUUCCGCUGCCACUCCCACCCCUCAUUCCGCUGCCACUCCCACCCCUCCUUCCGCUGCCACUCCCACCCCUCCUUCCGCUGCCACUCCCACCCCUCCUUCCGCUGCCACUCCCACCCCUCCUUCCGCUGCCUCUCCCGCCACUCCUGCAAUCCUCUUCGCCACUCCUGCAAUUUUUCGCGCCACUCCUGCACCUCCAGCGGACGGCGCCACUACUCCUUUAGCCUUGCCGCUUCCUUCCACUGCCACUCCCACUCCUCCUGCCACUGCCACUCUCAACCCUCCUGCUGCUCCCGCUCCCACCCCUCCUGCUGCUCCCGCUCCCACCCCUCCUGCUGCUCCCGCUCCCACCCCUCCUGCUGCUCCCACUCGCACCCCUUCUCCUGCUCGCACUCCUCUCCCUCCCUCUGCCGCGCUGUACCUGGGCAAACUGGUUCGGAAGAGGUUCGGCGACGUGGUGUUUCUGGGUCGGGUGUUUAAGUACGACCGGGAGGAGGGGUGGUACAAGGUUCGGUACGAGGAUGGGGACUUGGAGGAUUUGGAGGAGGGAGAGGUGGUGGCGCUGCUGGUGGGUCAAGAGGAGGAAAAGGCUGCUGCUGCGGAAGUUGAUUCAUGGAAGGUCACGUCGCUCGAAGCUAAGAGCCCUGCUGCUAGAAGCGCCACCGCAAGCCCUAUUGAAGGGCUUAUGAAGAGCCCUGCUAAGUCCCCUGCUAAGAGCCCUGCUAAGUCCCCUGCUAAGAGCCCUGCUAAGUCCCCUGCUAAGAGCCCUGCUAAGUUUCCUGCUAAGAGCCCUGCUAAGUAUCCUGCUAAGAGCCCUGCUAAGUAUCCUGCUAAGAGCCCUGCUAAGUCUCCUGCUAAGAGCCCUGCUAAGUCUCCUGCUAAGAGCCCUGCCAGAACCCCGCGCAAGGGUGCUGCUAGUACACCUCCUACCAGGGCUGCCAGAGGCGCCGCUAAGAGCCCUGCUAAGACUCCUCCUAUGUCCCCUGCCAAGAGCCCAGCCAGAACCCCUCGCAAGAGCCCUACCACGAGUGCUGCUAAGAGCCCUGCUAAGUCCCCUGCUAAGAGCCCUGUCAAGACCCCUCUGAAGAGCCCUGCUAAAAGCCCUGCUAAGAUGCCUACUAAGGGCCCUGCUAAGAGCCCUGCUAAGUUCCUUGUUAAAACCCCUGUCAAGGCCCCUCUGAAGAGCCCUGCUAAGAGCCCUGCCAAAAGCCCUGCUAGAACCCCUCUCAGGAGCGCUGCUAAGACCCCUGAACGGAGCCCUGCGAAGAGCCCGCAUCUCAGUUCUGGCAAGGUUACGCCCAGAAAGAGACAGGCUGAGGCAGCAGCAGAGGGGAGCAGUGCUGCUAAGCGACGCUCCCUUGAGAGACAGUCUGUGGGUAGUAGCAGUGUGGGGCGUAGCACUGCAAAGGCAGAUGCUGCCAAGGCUGCAAUCGGAGUAAGGUCUCCUGCGUCUGGUGGUGGGAGGGGAAGAAGAGGAAGUAGAGGGCGCGGGAGAAGAGGGGCAGGGAGGGCUCGAGGUGCAACGGAAACAGCAGCAGCAGCAGCAGCAGCAGCAGCAGCUGCUGCUGUUGUUGCUGGGGGAUCAGCGGCACAGGCACCGGUGGUGGUGGAGGAGGAGGAAGAGGACGAUGCGGUACAAGUGGUGGAAGAGGUGGGAGAAGGCAAAGAGGUGGGAGAAGGCAAAGAGGUGGGAGCAGCUGCCACAGGGACAGGUGUGCGCGGGGGUGGAAAGGGAGGGCGUGGAAGGAGAGGGCGAGGGGGAAGAGGAGCAGGGACUAGGGCACGAGGAGCAAAGAAAACACCAGAGCCAGCAGCAGCAGCAGCAGAAGUGACAGUUUUGGAGGAGGAAGAGGAGGGAGGGGAGGAAGAAGUGCAAGUGGUGGGAGAUGAGGAAGCAAUUGAGAUAGGAACGGAAGGGGAGGGGGUCCAAGAGGUGAGAAGUGGGAUUUCUGGUGGUCGCGGAGGUGGUAGGGGAGGAAGAGGAAGGAGAGGGCGAGGGGGGAAAGGAGCAGGGACUCGGGCAACGCGCGGGGCAGCAGCAGCAGCAGCAGCAGCCAAACCAGCAGCAGCAGCAGUUGAGGUAACAGCUACUGCAACAGCAGACGAGAGUGGCAAGGCAGCAGCAACAGGAGCAAGGCGGGGCAGGAAAAGGGGUGCUGGAGAGACAGGGGAGGCAGCUGGAGCGAGUAAUUGGGGAGUGGAGGAAGAGAGUGGUGCGGGCAAGAGAAGGCGUCGGGGAGGGCCUAGUGUGGUUUCUACCCCUGCCCGUGCUUUAUCAGCGGCUGCCCCUUCUGCCGCUGGUUCUGCCCCUGCUGCCCCUGCCGCCGCUGCCCGUGCUUCCCCUGCUGCCCGUGCUUCCCCUGCUGCCCGUGCUUCCCCUGUGGCCCCUACUGCCGAUUCGGAUGAAGCAAUGGAGGUUGUUGAAGUGGCGAGCACCAAGAGCACUCGAGGCAGGGCGGUGGGGCGGGCAGGGAGAGCCGCGGCAGAACCUGCAGGCAAGGAAAUUCGUGCUCGAAAGGCAGGAGCAGGGAAGGCGGGUGCCGAAAAGGCAGAUGCGGGGAAGAUGGAAGUGCCUGAGGUGGAUGUGGUGGAGGUGGAGGAGAGGGGAGAUGAGGAAGAGGAGGAGGAUGAGGGAGUGGAGGAGGUGAGGGUGAUGGAAGAGACGGUUGACCUUGCAUCAGAAGAGGAGGAGGAUGAGGAAGAGGAGGAGGAAGAAGAUGAUGAGAAGGUGGUUGAUCUUGAAAGUGAGGAAGAGGAAGAGGAAGAGGAAGAGGAAGAGGAAGAGGAGGAGGAGGAGGUAGAGGAGAAAGAGGAGCAGGGAAGGGGGCAGAGAAGGGGUAGAGGCCGAGGGGCGAAAGCGAGCGCGGUUGAGAGCGGUGAAAAACGUACAGUGCGUGGAGGGAGGAGGGCAAGAGGGGGAGUGAGUCCUGUGAAGAGAGGAGUCCACAGCGAGAAGGCACCUAGAGAAUGCGGUGAAGCGGUUCACCAUGUGACCGAUGUCAUCUGUGCCACACAUCUCCCGAAUGCUGUGCAUCGACAGCUGAGGCACCCCCACAUCCACGGUACCCUCCCCUCAGCCCCCAACCUCUACUCUAGUCCACGCCGCCCCUCCCCCACUGCUACCCUCUCCCCUUUGCUCUACUCCACGGUAAGAGUAGCAUCCAAGGUGGGGAAAUCCUUGAAAAAGGCAGUGAAGUGGUUGACCAUAUGGCCAAUGUCAUCUGUGCCACACAUCUCCCGGAUGCUGUGCAUCGACAGCUGA